AUGCGCAUCCCGCUGCAACAUCAAGAGUGCCACGAACGAAGUGUGGGUGCAGAGCAAGCAGUGCUGAGUGCUGAGCGCAAAGCCCCAGUUUGGUCAUGGAACCGUGCCCAAUGCACUUGCUUGCAGGUGCUGAAGUACUUGCUGCAGGACCUCGGAGAUGAGCACCGGGAUCUCCUGGAUAAGCCAGCUGUCGGAGAUGCCACGCCGCUUUUCAUCGCAUCGCAGAACGGCCACCGUGGCGUUGUCGCGCUGCUGCUGCAAAUGCGAGCCCAGUACAAACCCACGGAGGAUCUCUCCAGCCCACUCCUAGUAGCUGCACAGAACGGCCACCUGCAGGUGGUCGAGAUUUUGUGGGAGAUGCUGAAGGAAGACGCUGGCCUGAACAUGUCAAAGCGUGGCGGCGCCACCCCGCUGUACAUCGCUUGCCAAAAUGGCCAUCUGGAUGUGGUAAAGAAGCUGAUCGACCUAGAAGCGGAGGUCAACAAAUGCCUCGACACUCACGAGACCCCUCUUUUCAUUGCUUGCCAAGGGGGAUACUUAGACGUCGUCACGGUCUUGAUGGAGAAAAAGGCGGAUGUAGAUAAGGCCAAGCAAGAUGGUGCUUCACCGCUCUACAUCGCGUGUCAAAAUGGCCACGUGGAGGUCGUGCGGUACUUGCUCGUCGUUUCGACUCGUAAGCCAGACAAGAACCAAGCCAACACCAACCAGGAACCUUGGCCGAAAAAGCGCACUCGUCUUUCCUUGUGCAUAGCAUCUGCGAGCAUAAGCCCUUCAAGCUUGAUCUCUGCAUUCAGAAGCAGUGUGACCAAGGCCACUCCGCUCUUCAUUGCGUCCCAGAAGGGCCACCAGAUCAUCGUGGAGCUCCUCCUGCACGACCCGGCCGCGGAAGUUGACAAAGCGCUGAAGAGCGGCGCAACGCCCUUCUACAUCGCCGCCCUGAAAGGCCAUCCGGGCGUCCUCCAGCGACUUCGAGAAGCUGGAGCUGCACUGAACUCGACACCCAAGCAUGGCGCCACGCCCGUCUCGGCCGCCGUGCAGAACGGCCACCUGGAGGUGCUUCAGCUUCUCAUCGAGAUGAGGGCCGAUCUUGGCAAGCCUAACGCUGACGGCAUGAGCCCCUUGCAUCUUGGCGGCGCCUGA